CCUCUUCUUCUCCUGCUUCUUCUGCUUCUUCUGCUUCUUCAUCUCCAUAGUCAAUUCCCUCAACAUGAGUCGCUCAAUUGAUUUUUCCACUCAUGGUUCCAGAAUCACUGAGGUCUACAACUCUGUAUUAAAUAACGAUCCAAAUACCUCUUGGUUUAUCUUAACCCCAUCGCCAAACUCUUCAUCUUUGUCUUAUAGCCCCAAUUAUACUGGCAAUGGUGAUAUCAACGAAUUUCUUGAUUCUUUUAAAGAUUUAGAUUCCUCUAAUAUCAUCUCUUUUGGUUUUAUCCGAUUGAAAAUCGCCCAUUCAAAUGUUUUAAAGUUUCUAAUCAUCGGUUAUUGUCCUGACACUGUAUCAAUUAAAUUAAGAUCAAAUUUCAAUUCUUAUUUUAAUAAAUUACUAUCAAUUUUAAACCGUUAUCAUAUUCAAGUUCAAAUUAGAGAUGAAGAUGACUUGGAUCCAACUGAACUAUUAAAUAAAGUCACAAAUGCCUCUGGUGCUACCUAUUCUUCUCAACCACAAUCUUUUUCAAAUUCUUCCCCAAAAAAAUUCCAAUCUUCCUCUUUACCAACCCAACAAAAAAAAUCUUCUGUUCCAAUUAACAAAAAUCAAUUUAUCCCCAAACAAUCUUUUUCUUCACCUCAAAAACCUUCAACUUCUUUUAAAAACUCUUCCUUCCCAAUUAAAUCACAUUCAACUUCUUUUAACAAUAAAAAGCAUACCAGUUCCGACUCAGAUAAUGAUGGUUGGGGCGAUGUUGAAAAAGUAGAAGAAAGAGAUCUUCUAAAAAACCCAAUCAAACCUGUUCCAUCAGCUUACAAACCAAUUAACCCCAAUAAGAUAUCCUCCCCAAAAUCUAUACCUCUAAGUUUUUCUCCAAAUUUAUCUUUAAACUCUCCUAAAUCUUCCAAAUUUAAUAAUAUCGAUAACCAAGAUUUAUCUGAUGAUGAAAAAAAAUUUAAACAAAAAUUAAAUAUUUUUAAUUCAAUUGAAAAUUCAGAAUCUUCUAAAACUUCUCAAUUACCUCAAUCAAAAAAAUUAUUUUUGUUACCAAAACCAAAGAUCGUUAACUCUGUUUCUGAUAAAUUUAAACCUGUUCAAUCUGCUCCAUCCUAUAAAAGCUAUUCAAAUAAAAAUUAUAUUGAUAAUAAAAUUGAUCAAAAAGAUAAAAUCAUUUCUGGCGCUUCAAGAAAUUUUGCUGCUUCAAAUGGCAAAACCCCCGCUCAAAUAUGGGCUGAAAAGCAUGGUAAAUACGACUCUUCUUUUAAAUCUGAUUCUCCUGUAAAGUCUUCAUUAGCAGAAAAUAAAAAUGAAAUCCCUUCAAAAAGAAACGAUUUCCAAUUUAAUAAAAUUUCCAAUUUAGGUAAUAAAUUUGAUAACUUGUCGGUUAAUAGCACCAAUGAAACCGAUAAUGAAAACACUCAUGAAAACACUCAUGACAGUAUUCAUGACAACGAAAGGGUUUCAAUUAAAGUUCCAAUAGCUGUUACUUCAACAAAUUCUUCGUCUUUUCUUCCUCCUCCAUCUGGCCCAUCUAUUCCAAAAAGAGAUAAUUCUUCUUUUCUUCCCCCACCACCUGGUCCAUCUCUCCCUAAAAAAGACAAUUCAACCUUUCUUUCUUCUCCAACUAGUCCUUCCAAUUUGAAAUCUUCCGGUUCCGGUGUUUCUUCAACUCCCCAGCCUCCUUCUUCAUUACCAAAACGUGAAGAACCCAAGUAUGAAGAAAUUGAUUCUUCAUCUGAAGAUGAAAAUCCUCAACAACUGAUAAGUCAACCUCCUCCCCCAGUCUUACCCUCAAGAACUUAUCAAUCUGAAGAUCCAAAAUCGCUUGAUCUGUCUAAUAAAGUUCCUGCUAAGGAUACUACUCCUUCUGUCGCCAUAGCUGCAGUUGGUGUAGCUGCUGUCUCUUCUGUAGUUGCUAACACUGCAGUUAGCUCUUCAUCCAAAAAUGGAAAUACCAAUAACAUAAUUGCUUUUGCUUUAUAUGAUUACGAUAAAUCUGAUGAAGAUGAAAUUGAAUUCAAAGAAGGUGAAAAGAUUACUGAAAUCUUAUUUACAGACGCUGAUUGGUGGCAAGGUAAAAAUGCUAAAGGUGAAGUUGGUGUAUUUCCAAGUGCAUAUGUUGAAUUAGAAAAAAAAUUAUCCGAUGAUGAAAUUGCUGAUAAAAUAGCUGAAUAUCAAUCUCAGUUUGAAAUUGAUCAACAAACAGAAGAAGAAAAAUCAGAACUUGAGCCUGAAGAAAAAGAACUAAUUGCAGGACAAACCGAAACAGAUCAAUCAUGCGUUGCAAUAUAUGAUUAUGCUGCUCAAGAACCAAAUGAAUUAUCAUUUAAUGAUGGAGAUAAAAUUAUCAAUGUUGAAUUUAUUGAUGACGAUUGGUGGUUAGGUGAUUUAAAAGGUCAAAGAAAAUUAUUUCCUGCAAAUUAUGUCAAAUUAUUGUAAUAUGGCCAUAUAUAUAUAUAUGUUUCUAUUUUGGUUAUUUUUUACGGAUUUUAUGUUGUUUUUUUUGAUUUAAAAUUAAAAAUUUUAUAAAAUUAUAUAUUGAAUAAAGAACAAUAAGUGUCAGAUGAAAAAAGACACCACAAAAAAAAAAAGAAAAUCAUUCUUAAAAAAAGAAAAUCAUUCUAAAAAAGUGAACAAUCAUUUAUAGCCUUCAAAUAAACUGUAUAUAUGUAAUUGAAACUGAUAAGGAAAUUAACAAAAAAAAAUAAAAACCCAAGAACUAAAAGUGUAUUAUUAUUGAAAUUUAAGAUAAUUAAUAGUCACCAAAUGAAUAAUCACCUGAAAUCCAUCUAUUGAACAUAUCUAAUGAAGAAUUAGGUUGAUCGUAAGGAACCAUAUGACCUCCAUUGAACAACCUCAAGAAAGUAAAAUUUUUAUAAUUUUUAAACUCACCAGCUUCUUCGCCA